AUGGCUGCCCUGCGCAGGCUGAUCCCUUCAUUCACCACCGGCUCCAGAACAGCAGCGCGGCGGCAGCAGCCCUCCUCUCCUGCGGCCAAGGCGCUCAAAGUCAUCGCGGCCGGAGCGUGCGUCACCGGAGCUGCUUGUUCUUCUUAUUAUUAUUGUUAUUACUACCGGGGCCCGGUGGUCGGUAGACGCUCCGGACUGGGGAGCCGCGUCGAGGCUCGACUCUCGCAUCUGCUGCUGCCGUCAGUUUCUGCCACCGACAAGGCCAAGAGCUACGGUCUGGAUGAUGGAGACGUGUACAUGUCGUCCUCUGAAAACAGAUUUCGUCUGUUCAGCUCAGUGGAGUACGACGGCCAGCUCUACAUGACUCCACUCAACUUCAUUGAAUCUGUCACUCUGAAUGAACCUAAAGGUAGAAAAGCUUGGAGGUCACUUACUAAAAAGGAUUUGGACAAGAUGUUGGCUGACACUCCGGCUGUUUGGAAAGGAUCAUCCAAUUUGUUUAGGAAUCUUCGUGAAGGAGGUGUCUUCAGUUACACAGAGUACCUCUUCCUGCUCUGCAUUUUAACAAAGCCCCAUGCAGGCUUCAGGAUUGCUUUCAACAUGUUCGAUGCAGAUGGGAAUGAGAUGGUGGACAAAAUGGAGUUCUUGGUGCUUGAAGAAAUCUUCCGCAAGAAAAAGGACAGAAAGGAAGUGAGUGAAGACGUGCAAAGGUUGGACCAGAAGCUCCUGCAGCUUUACGGUCAACGCAAAUCCCAGCCGCACACUGUUCUUAGAAAAGAGAGUCAGCAUGCGGAGGCCCGGGGCAUGUGGGAUGUUCUCAGACGUGGCACAAGUCAAGUCCUAUUUUCUGAUCUCACCGAGGUGGAUGAGAAGACAGAGACGACGCUGCUGGUGCAUUUCUUUGGGAAAAAAGGCAAAGCUGAAUUGAAAUUUGAAGAUUUUUACAAGUUCAUGGACAACCUGCAGACAGAGGUGCUUGAGAUAGAGUUCCUCUCCUACUCCAAAGGCAUGCCCACAAUCAGCGAGGAAGACUUCGCCCGGAUCCUCCUACGCUACACCAACGUGGCCGACGUCAGCGGGUACUUGGAGAACGUGCGACACAGCAUGCCGGAUGAAAAGGGAAUCACCUUUGACGAGUUCAGGUCCUUCUUCCAGUUCUUGAACAACCUGGAGGAUUUUAAAAUCGCCAUGCAGAUGUACAACUUCGCCAACCGCUCCAUUGGUCAAGAGGAGUUUACCCGAGCUGUCUACGUGGCCACGGGCAUCAAGCUGACCCGCCACUUGGUCAACACCGUCUUCAAGAUUUUCGACGAGGAUCACGACGACAAACUGAGCCACCAGGAGUUCAUCGGCGUCAUGAAGAACCGGCUGCAUCGUGGCAAAGGGGGUGUCAGAGUGGGGGAGAAGUUCGUCUCUUUCAAGUCCUGCAUGAAGAAGGAGCUUUCAGGCAAAUAGGUGAAGAUCCCUUCAUCAGCAGCAUGUCUUACAAACGGAAUGAACCUCCGCCUCCUCCCUCUUCUCUUAUCAGGCAAAAGGGUUCAUGCAUGCUACAGCGUCUUAAUGCAUUCAGUUAGAAGUUUUCAAAUACACAGGAUGUUGCACAAACAGGAAGUGGUCGAGCUAAUGUGAAGCCCUUGCAAGUGCUUAAACAAACAAAAGUGACCCAUCAUGAGAACAUCCAUUGAACUGGUGUGCUGCAGGACUCUAAAUUGCACUACUUACGGAUGCCUAACCACUGUUUGCCUGUUCUGAACUAUUUAUUGAAUUAUCUACAUGUAAAUAUAUUUAUUGGUUGUAAGAUUUCUAGCACAGAUUUGACAUAUUUAUCUAAACCCUUAUCCUAAAAUCGUAUUGCCGCUUUUCCAGUGUGCGUUGUUUGUUGGGUCUGCAGCCCCCUGCUCAGAUCAUCUUAGGACAGCAGCACCUCCCUCCCCCCUUCAUCCUCCUCCUCCCUCUCCU